CUCACACAUUUCACAUGACGUUCUGACGUGAUUGUGACGCACGAAGGAGCGGUUCCAUUUAUUUCUACCAGAUCUUUCCACGAAAACAUCGUACAUUAAUUGGAAUUAUCGUGCCAAAAUGGACAAGUGUGACUGUUCUAAAUCUGGAUCUUGCAACUGCGGGCAAAACUGCAAAUGCACCAACUGCAAGUGCGCAGAUAGCAAGAAAAGUUGCGGCAGUUGUCCAUCUGAUUGCAGUAAGGGAACAAAGGACUGCGAGAGCGCAUGCAAGGACAAGGAGAAAUCGUGCGACACACACUGCUGCAAAUGAAAAUCUGUGAUAUGUGCUGCAACACUGUGCUCCAUUAAUAAUGAUAAUAAUAUAAAACAAACCUUUCGUGUACUCCCGCAUUUGUUGUGAUUAUUGAUUAAAUUAAAGGAUUUCCUUUGA